AGGACUGCUUAUGGGAGCUCCUCGGACCAGUGUGAGCCCUGCUGGUUUCCAGUCGCCUUGCAGCACUGCACGUGGAAGAGGAGGUGGAGGAGGGAGUAUUUGUCCUUGUGCCCUAGGCAGGAGAAAGAAAAUAAGGGGAGAAAAAGGAGAAACUGAGGCAGAGAAAACAAGGAAUGAGCUUGUUAGAGAUGCAGAAUGUAAAAAUAAAGGGAAAGUAAUGCAGCGAGAUGAGAAAAGAUGAGGGCAGGGGAGAAAAAUAGGAAAAAGCUAGAAGUAGAAAAGGAGAGAGUGAGCGCAGGGUGGCGGAGGGAGAAGAGCAAAUGAGUGAGCGAAUAGGAGUGGAAGAGAGAGAGUGAGCGAGAGCAAGUGAGAGGGAGGGAGGCGUACAACACUGCAGACACUCGCCCACUGUCACUGCUCCACAGCCAGAGGACAGAGGCAGCAGCGGCAGCAGAGGAAGCGGAUACGAUGGAGGAGGACGACUGUACCAUCCAUCUGCAGCUCAGUCCCCGUCACUGACAGCCUCCCUCUGGGACCAUCCUGCCAAGUUGGGAACAAAACUACACUCCUGUCCUUCACAACACCAAGUACUGGACCCUCAACUCCUGCAGGAACACUGUGCACAAGAUCAUCAUUAUUUUUCCCGCUCUUGCACUCCCGCACACUUACUCACACACCUUCUCUCAAACUGAAGCACACUUCACUCUGCCUAUUGGACUAGCGAGUUUUUUGUUGUUUUCCAUCAUCGCUGCCUUCCGAGCUGAGUGGAUUUACUUUUAUCCUGUGGAGGACCAUGGGGCUGGGGUGGAGGGGUACAGGAGGGGCCAUCCAAAAAAGGACAGAGGAGAGCUGGUACCAUUUGGUGGCAUUGCUGCUGUUGUGUGGUUUCUGGGAGGCUCACACACAGACAGAUGAUGGGAAGUCUGUCUACUUCUGGGAAACAGGUCCAUGGGGAAGAUGUAUGGGCAGCGACUGCGGCCUGGGUGGCAGCCAAAGCCGGGCAGUCUGGUGUGCCCAUGUGGAUGGCUGGACAACACUUCACACCAACUGUGACCAGGCACAGCGUCCCUCAAACCAGAGAAACUGUUUCCGUGUGUGCGACUGGCACAAGGACCUUUAUGACUGGAAACUGGGUGCCUGGAAUGAGUGCGUGCCAGUAUCAGCAAGGACCUUUGGGGCCCCACGGCAGUUCACGUGCAGUGGAGGCGAAGAGGGCAUUCAGAUCCGGGAGGUGGGCUGCAUACUCAAGUCAGACGAAUCUCCAGCAGAGGAUGCCAUCUGUGAGUACUUUGAACCCAAGCCUCGUCUAGAGCAGGCAUGUUUGAUCCCUUGCCCUCAGGAUUGUGUGGUUUCUGAGUACUCGCCAUGGACAUCCUGCUCCAAAACGUGUGGAACAGGCCUCAGGAACAGAGUGCGCAGUGUCCUAGUCCCUCCGCUUUUUGGAGGCGCUGCCUGUCCCAACCUGACUGAGUUCCAGUCUUGCAAACCAGGGCCUUGCACAGGUCCAGAGGGCAUGUACAGUCUCAGGGUUGGACCGUGGAACUCUUGUGCCCUCCCGCAGACUCGGACAGCUCGCCAAGUUAAACGCAGGAAAGGCAAAGGGCAAGGGCUCCGGGAGAGGGCAGGAGUAAAAGAUCCCGAGACUAGGGAGCUUAUCCAGAAGAAGCGUACCAGGAACCGCCUCAACCGGCAAGAGAGUCCCUUCUGGGACAUUCAGGUGGGCUACCAGAAUCGGGAGGUGACUUGCAUCCAUAGGAAUGGGAGCACUGUGGGACGCAACAUGUGCUUAACAAGGGACCUUCCACUGACCAUCCAGUCAUGCGUUCUCCCCACGGACUGCAAGCUUACCGACUGGACCAUUUGGAGCCCCUGCACCAAAACCUGCAUGAACCCUGAAUCUCCCAGAGGCAAUCGGACUCGGACCAGACAGGUGCUCCAGUUCCCCGUGGGCGAGGGGGCGGAGUGCCCACUCCUGGAGGAGUUUGAAUCUUGUGAACCUCAGGGUGAAUCCAUACCACCCUGUGCCACUUACACCUGGAGAACCACAGAGUGGAGCGACUGUCGGGUUGACACAUUGCUGAGCCAACAAGACCGUCGACGUAGCAACCUGACAGGGCUUUGUGGAGGAGGCUUACAGACGAGAGAAGUGUACUGUGUUCAAGCCAAUGCUGAGCUUCUAAAAUACCUCAACGACCUUCGAGAAAAGGACAAAGCGGGUCAGACCCAAAAACAGCAGAAGCCUAGUGUCCCCCCUCUUCUCUCCAUCACCUUCCAGAUUACAGCCUCCCGCCCAGUGGAAAACAAGCUGUGCGAAGGUCCAAUCCCCAACAGAUCCCAGCUGUGCCAAAUCCCCUGUCCCAUCGACUGUGAGGUAUCACCAUGGGGUGCCUGGGGGCCCUGCACCUUUGAAAACUGUGAUGAUCAGGCUGGAAAGAAAGGUUUCAAACUGAGGAAACGACAGAUUACAAACGAGCCAACGGGAGGUCCUGGAAACUGUCCACACCUUGUGGAGGCGGUGCCAUGUGACGAGCCCACUUGUUACGACUGGCAGCUGAUCAGUCUGAGUCCGUGCAUUCCUGAUGAUGGGAAGCAGUGUGGCUCCGGCACCCAGAUUGUGCAGGUCCAAUGUGUCAACAGCAACGGAGAGAAGGUGGAAAGAAAUCUCUGCACGUCUAACCCAACUCCAGAACCUGUGCCCUGUGAGGUGCCUUGCUCAAGAGACUGUGUGCUCAGUGACUGGACGUCCUGGUCCACUUGCUCUCAGACAUGCUCAAGCAAGACCAUUGAGGGCAAGCAAAUGAGGACCCGCUCUAUUCUGGCCUACAAUGCUGGGGAAGUCACUGCAAUGGUUGUGGCGUGGAUCACUGUGAUGGAGGGUCUUUCACAGGUGCCGAAGUUUCCAGAACUUUAUGGUGGCGCCCUCUGCCCGAACAGCAGCGCCCUUCAGGAGGUUCGGAACUGUAACGAACACCCCUGCACAGUUUACCACUGGCAGACGGGGCCCUGGGGCCCUUGCACUGAAGACCCCUCCACCUCCUCCUUCAACACUUCUGUGGGGGUCCCGCCCAACAGUGACGGCGAGGUUCCCUGCUCCAUGGGAAUGCAGACUCGCAAGGUCAUCUGUGUCCGAGUGAAUGUGGGCCAGGUGCCACCCAAGAAGUGUCCAGACGGUCCUCGCCCAAGCACAAUGAGACCAUGCCAGCUGCCCUGCAAGAAGGACUGUAUCAUGACCCCAUUCAGUGACUGGGCAACGUGUCCAAUUACAUGUGAUGCAGCUGGUAUUGCUGUGAAGAAAAAGCAAUCAAGGAAACGUCUUAUCAUCCAGAUGCCAUCCAACGGAGGGCAGGAAUGUCCAGAGGUGCUCGAAGAAGAGAGGGACUGUGAGGUCCCCAAAAUCUGUCCCGGUUUCAGGUGGAAAACCCACAAAUGGAGGAAGUGCCAGCUGGUCACCUGGUUUCUCAGACAGGACACUCCGGGUGCACAAGAGACCUGUGGACCAGGGAUUCAAACACGAGCCGUGUCCUGCCGCCAGCUGGACGGGACGCAGGCCGAUAUCAGUGAGUGUCUGAAAUUUGCCAAGGCCAUGCCUGCCAUCACUCAGCGCUGUCAGCUCCCCUGCCAGGAUGACUGCCAGCUGACCAACUGGUCCAAGUUCUCGUCUUGCACAGCUGACUGUGUGGGGGUCCGCACCAGAAAGAGGUCAUUGAUAGGGAGAAGCAAGAAGAAAGACAAGUGCAAGAACACACAAAUGUACCCUCUGAGUGAGACGCAGUACUGCCCCUGUGAUAAGUACAACGCACAGCCAGUGGGGAACUGGUCAGACUGCAUCCUGCCUGAGGGAGGCAGAGUGGAGAGCAUCCUAGGAAUGAAGGUGCAAGGAGACAUCAAGGAAUGUGGACAGGGCUACCGCUACCAGGCCAUGGUGUGCUACGAUCAGGACAACAGGCUGGUGGAGACGUCACGCUGCAACAGUCAUGGUUAUAUUGAAGAGGCGUGCAUCAUCCCCUGCCCUUCAGACUGUAAACUCAGUGAAUGGUCCAACUGGUCACGCUGCAGCAAGUCCUGUGGGAGCGGAGUCAAAGUUCGCUCCAAAUGGCUUCGGGAGAAGCCUUACAACGGAGGUCGGCCGUGUCCUAAACUGGACCACAUCAACCAGGCCCAGGUGUAUGAGGUGGUGCCGUGUCAAAGUGACUGCAAACAGUACGUGUGGGUGGCCGAGCCGUGGAGUGUGUGGAAAGUCAGCAACGUGGAUUUGAAAGAAAACUGUGGAGAAGGUGUCCAGACCAGAAGAGUCAGGUGCAUGCUCAACACAAUUGACGGCCCAUCUGAGCCCGUCGAGGACUACCUGUGCGACCCGGAGGAGAUGCCCUUGGGGGCCAGGGAAAGCCGGCUGCCCUGCCCUGAGGACUGUGUCCUCAGCGACUGGGGACCCUGGAGUCGCUGCACCCUGCCCUGUACCAGAAGUAACUAUCGAGUGCGGACAGCAUACACCAUUCGACCCCCCAGCGUAGGAAGAGAGUGUCCAGACACGACCGAAAAGGAGCCCUGCAGCCUUAACCUCAACUGUUUCAACUACUUCUACAACAUCACAGACUGGAGUACGUGUCAGCUGAGUCCAAACGCUGUCUGUGGCGGCGGCAUCAAAACCCGGAUGCUUGACUGCGUUCGCAGCGAUGGCAAAUCGGUGGAUAUAAAAUUCUGUGAAGAGAUGAAUUUGGAGAAGAAGUGGCAGAUGAACAUCUCCUGUGUGGUCGAGUGUCCUGUCAACUGUCAGCUGUUGGAGUGGUCGGCCUGGUCAGAGUGUUCACAGACCUGCGGUCUAGAAGGUAAGAUGUGGCGACAGCGGUCGGUGGUUCAGGCUUCUCAGGGCGAUGGCCGACCGUGCCCUUCUCAGAUGGAGCAGUGGAAACCCUGUCCUGUCCGACCCUGCUACCGUUGGCAGUACAGCCCCUGGUCUGAGUGUCGGGUAGAGAAUGUGGUUUGUGGACACGGCAUGCGCUUCAGGAACCUGUCCUGCUUCGUGUCGGACGGCUCCAGCGAUGGCGAGGGCAGCCUGGUGGACGAGGAGCUGUGCAGCAGCCUGGAGGUGGCUGUCGAUGGAGACAAGCAGAUCAGACUGAAAGAGAGCUGUGUCCUCCCAUGUCCAGGUGAAUGCUACCUGAUGGAGUGGUCAGACUGGAGCUCGUGCGUCAACAUCUGCGCCAAAGAGGCCGGCGUCGACUUUGCCUCGGUUCAGGUCCGCUCACGAGCCGUGCUCGCCCAGGAGCCUGAAAACCUGCUGCUCUGUCCUGACCAGGAGUGGGAGUCUCAGCCCUGCACAGGAGGUGAAUGUUUCGAGUACAAAUGGUUCAGCAGCAUUGGCCCAAAUUCCACUCGGCCUUUGAUCUGGUGUCAGCGCUCAGAUGGACUCAAUGUCACUGGAGGUUGUCCUCCAAUGAACCCUCCAGAGGACAACAGCUCCUGUGACCCGCCCUGCCUCAUGCCAAAGUCUUUCUGUAGCGAGGCUGGUAUUUGCAUGUGCGAGGAAGGCUUCACAGAAGUGCUGUCAUCCACUGGGCAGCUGGACCAGUGUGCCCCCAUCCCCAUCCUGGAGAUCCCCACAGCAGGGGACAAGAAAGGGGAUGUGAAGACCAGUCGUGCCAUUAACCCCACACUGCCCACCACCAUCCAGCCCGGACGCAACGGGCGAACUUGGUACCUGCAGCCCUAUGGACCAGAUGGGAAGCUGAAGAUGUGGGUGUAUGGUGUAGCAGCUGGAGCCUUUGUGCUCCUCAUAUUCAUAGUGUCUAUGAUAUACCUAGCUUGCAAAAAGCCAAAGAGACCUCAGAGACAGAGACAGCAGAAUAACCGACUAAAACCUCUGACUCUCGCCUACGACGGGGACACGGACAUGUAGUCCUCCACGAGCUGCUUCACCCAGCACUUCACCUGUCACAGAGACCCACUUCAUCACGCCAUUACAGUGAGCGACAUGGAUGUUUGCAGCGUGAAUGGACACGUCACGGAGCGCAGAAAUGACGGGAAAUCCUCUUAGCAGAGACACUGGUGGGGUUUAACCAUUUCAAGUAGAGCUUCAUUCACUCCUCUUUUGUUUUCUCGACUAUUUUCUUUUUGCAGAGCUUUUAUGACCUCCAGCGUGUUCAAGGAAAUGCCUUUUUUUUUUGCCCCCUACACACCAGUAUUUCUAUAUUGAAAGACUUGUUUGAGACACUGGAAAUGCUGGGCGCAGAAGACAGAACCAGCCCUCCUGCUGUCUUUGAACAUGGUAGCGCAGGCUCCAGCUCUUCCCCCGCGCUUUUUCUGCUUGUCCCUAAAAAUGCUGAGUAGCUGGGGGCUUAGGAUGCUCUGACGCUUCGCACGUUGCCAAAAGUCACCGCAGGGAAGAGGAGGAGGGAGAGGAAAAUCUCCAUAAAAAGGUUUGGAUUCCUUUUUCUCAAUCCUCAACUGGGUUUUGACUCAAAUCUCUUUUACGGUCUUGAACAAAAGGGAGGCAUUACUUCUCCCUCUUUUUUUUCGGCUUGAUUCAGAGGCACACAGGCCUGUGUUUGUGGGAUAAACCGAUCUGUAUGAUGCUGAUGGAGGAGUAGCCUGCAAUCAGUUGUUCAUGGAAACUACUGCCUGCCUGCCUGCUUGCCUCCACCCUUGCUUUGUUUCAGGCACUACAUUGCACUAUAUUAGUGCAGCAUGAUAUGCACAUGUGACUUCUACUUUCUAUUGCCAUAAAACACUGCCUCUUCCACAGACAAAAAAACAAAAACAUAAAGCAGAGGAACAGCUUCAGUCAACACGAGAACAUUACAAGGGAAGCAACAGCGACAGGAAGGGACGUUUAGACGUGUCACGUUCGAUAAAACAGGUGUGAAUCUCAAGUAAAUAUAUGUAUAGAUUUUAUUUCUCACAAACAUCGGACUUUUUGGUUGUAGUAAAGUCGCUUUUGUGGUUUGUAGAUUUCGUCUGGUGUCAUCACUUUAUUUCUGCCCAGAUGCAACUACGAUAUCAGCAGGUAUUAACUGAUCGCCUGCUUUACAAGUUCUUUUUUAAAUACUUUUUUUUAACUCUUUACAUACAACAGAUCAUGUGCAAACACUCAAAUUUUGCAGUAAGUAAUAAAAAAAUGGACACUGCAAAAUUUUAAUCAUUCAUGUCAUGCAAAUGUCGUUUCUGCCUUACUGACGAUAACUGAAUACUAACAGUCCUCUAAUACAGUUUAAUACUUGAAUGGGGCAAACGUCGACACUACAGUAUGUUUAGACAAAAAAAAAAAAAAAAAAA